AUGACAGAAAGUGCUAGUGAACAGAUGAUGCCAUUAAACAUGAGUUUAUAUGAUAUUCGUAAAAAUAAUCAAAUUAACAAAUAUUUCAAAUUUCAUAAUAAUAUUACAACGAUAAAUCAAAUGGGUUCUUAUGGUAUUACAGCAUUACAUGUUGUGAAUAUUUAUGAAUACAAUGAAGCUGUUCAAUUAUUAUUAACAAAUAAAAAACGUAAACAAUUUCGUGAACAAAUUGAUUUAUACAAAACUUAUGAUAAUCAACAUCCUUUAAUAACUAAAUUGUUAAUUGAAAUAAUUGAAUAUUAUUUAAAUGACUAUUUAAUUCAGCAAGAACAAUUUCCAGAAAAGGAAGGAAAAAAAUUAGAAUUUUUUUUCAAACAAGCUAUUCAAGAACAAAAUUAUUUAAAAUAUUUUAUUAAAGCUUAUACAUUAACAAAUAAUUUUUAUCGUGUUCUUAAUAAACAUCUAGCAUUGUAUAUAUUAGACUAUUUUGAUACAUCAUCCUAUUCAUCUUCACCGACAAAAUAUCAUUUAAUUAAUUGUUUAGUACAUAUUGUAACCUUAUUAAUUAAUCAUCCAGAUAUACAUAAGUAUAAAUAUAAAGGUAUUGCUUAUCGUGGUUUAUUAAUGACAAGAAAUGAUUUAGAACACUAUACUGCUGGUACUCAUAUAUUAAAUCGAUCAUUUGUGUCAACAUCAAAAAAUCCUUCCGUUGCUAAAGUGUUUGCUGAUAAUAGAGAACAAAAUAUUUUACAACAAAUAUCAGAUCAUCAUGAUUUGGUACAAGUGUCUGUUUUAUUAAAAUAUACAAUUAAGCAAAAUCAAACAGCUAUUGAUAUUGAACACAUAUCAAUGGUAGAAGAUGAAAAAGAAGUAUUAAUAUUACCAUUUUCAGUAUUUCAAAUUAAAGAUAGAAUUGAUAAUAGUCCAAAACUGUGUCCACCAGUAUUAGUUGAAAUUGAAUUAGAAGAAUGCGAAGAUGGUGAACAAAUAAAUAACAGAAAAGAGAGAAUAGGUGGUGAUGGUCAUAUAUAUGAAGGUAGAGGAUGGAAAUAUAAGGGUAGUCAUUGUUACGGUUAUAAUGACAAAGCAAUUGGGAUCGGUGUUAUUGGUGAUUAUACUGUUAUUCCACUGUCUAGACCUUUAAUAACUGCUAUUGAUUCUUUAAUUAAUUGCGGUAUUUCAUCUGGUAGGAUUGAAAAGAAUUAUACAUAUCUUAGGCAUGGAGGUUAUGGUAUUCGUGAAAAUUAUAUAUUAAAUCUAACUAAACCUCGUCAUAGCAUACACUAUUGUUUACCAAAACCAAAGACUGUUUGA